AUGGAAGAACCCCCGAAUAUUGACGUUGACGACAUGCAGGACGUAAACCCCGAACCUGCGGCUCCUCAGCCGACCAAGGCACUCGCGAUCAAAGUCCGAAGGAGCAGACGUGGCAGACCAAGCUCCGACGACGGGGGUUCCGACGGCUAG